UCUGGAAAACUUGCAUCCGAAACCAAUACCUUGAAAGGUGUCGAAUUAAAGUACAAUGAACCUCCUGAAGCAGCAAAACCUAAACAGCAGUGGCGCUUUUAUGUAUUUAAGGGAGACGAGCAGAUUGAAUUACUUCAUAUACAUCGUCAAAGUGCAUUUUUGAUAGGACGUGACCGUGUGGUAUUAGAUAUUCCCGUAGAUCAUCCUUCAUGUUCCAAGCAGCAUGCUGUUCUCCAGUUUAGACGUGUGGCCGAAUCAGAUCCUAAAAGUAAUAACGUUCGUCAUGUUGUAAAGCCAUUUGUUAUUGAUCUUGAGUCUACCAACGGAACUUUCCUUAACGGGACCCGUAUUCCAAGCACACGAUAUGUAGAACUUCGCCUUAAGGAUGUCCUCAAGUUUGGUAAUUCUACUAGAGAAUAUGUUUUACUUCACAGUGAA